AUGUCACGGGUCAGCCCUUUAGGCUCCACGAGCGGUCGCGACUGGCGAGGACCAUGCCGGUCCAUCCGGCAGCGGGAGGCCGCCACGGCGCGCACUCAGAAGGCGCAAGACAUCCUCUCGGCUGAGGGGACGCUUGAAGUUCCUCGUUCGGAGGGAAUGCUGGUGGGGCCCGGAAAGAUCCAGCGGGCUCAGGAGGCAAUGGCGGCGAGCGCACUCAAGCUAUGGGGGCCGGGGGACAACGGAGGGACGCGGGAUCCCUACGACGUUAUAGGGUGUUAUGAGGCGCUACCGGCUAGCCUGCAACAUCUGUGGUCGAUCCACUUCGUCAACGAUAUCUUCCGGAUUGGCAGUCUUGCCGAUGCGAAGGUGGUAGCGGAAGGAUUCAGCCAAGUAUUGAGGAAGGAAGUAGCUUCAGUCGACGUGCUGAAGCAGGGCAUCGCAGCGCGCAUGGUCAAUCUCGAUCACGAUGUCAACGGUUUCCCCCAGGUGUACAAGGCGGUCGCAAUUCUCGUCCGCGCUCUCAAUCUCUCUGACCACGAUAUCGCUAAGCUGGUCGCUGUGGUGGUGUCGCAGACGACGACCACGCCGGAGGCAAAGAUGUUGAGGGCUUUGGCUGAGGUGGAUGCCUGA